AUGAAGAACCUGGUCUUUGAAUGUAUACUUAGUGACUGCAAUCCAACAGUUUGUAUGGAAAUGAUCCCAGCAGAGGGACCAACAGAACAAUCUAAAACCAAUUAUUGCAUACUAUUCGAAUCAGCCUUUGAAUGUAUUAAAAGAAUGGUAGAAUCAUGUGAUAAUGUGCAAGGAGAAGAUUUGGAAGAAUUUAUGGUUACAACUGCUCAAGAAAUUAAGGAAAUAUGUUCUGGUGGAGUUUCAACAAUGAACCAACAAGUGGUUUUAAUAACCAUCAUCUCCAUUUUAACAAGAACCAUUGUUAUUGAUAACGUAUCAUAAAAAAGAUUUCUCCACGAUCGUGUCUGUAUAAAUAUCGUCACACUUAAUUUAAUAUUUAAUAUUCAUAUUUUUAUAAUUGGUAACUAUUAGAUAUUAAUAUUGUAAAUAAGAAAAUGUAAAUACUGUUGUAAUUUAAACAAAGAGUAUACUCUGCUUGCUAACUACCCCUAAUGAUCUUGAAAUUGUUAGCGAGAAUUAUGGUAACCUUCAGACCUAAUCGACCAAAGGCUGUGAUGUAUAAUGCCAGGUAUCAAUAUUUUCUUUGAUAAAUUUUUUAUGUCCCAUUAUAGACCUAUCCGUCCGUCUCUCCUUCAACAUUUCUUAUAGCGGCUAACUCAAGACACCAACAUAAUUUGGUAGUCUAUUCGAUUGCAACUUGGUUUACUAAUGCGGAAGAACAACUUCUCAUACAAGGUCAAUGCUGACAUUUUUUUGAUUAAUUUCUUUCGAGUUUUUGACUUUCACUUCGCCAAUUGUGUCCAUUAAUCCUUCCAUGUGUAUUGAUGAGCUCUGAAACAGGUUUAAAUGGAUUUCAAGUUUCUAUUGUGUUGUAAUCGUUAGUGGUUUUUUCAAUCAAUUGCCACGGCAUUUUCAUUAUUAUUUUAUCUGCUGCCGUGAGCGUACGUUAACUUGUCUAGCAAGCCUUAUUCCGCCCAGUUUCCUGUUUCACAUAACUUUUCAUAUAUAAAAGUCUGUUAAAUAACUAUAUUGUGAAGGAUUAUGACAAAAAUGUCGGUCAAAGUAAAGCCUUUGGACCAUUUUAAUAUAUAUAAGUAUUCAUAUUAAUCAAGAAAUUGAUGCUAGAGAAAUCUAAUCACACUUGCAUGAAACUUCAAUAAUAGUUAAUGAUUAAAGUUGUUGAUAUUGAUAUUAGAAAUGUAAAUGUUAACUUUUCUCACAUAAACUAU